CAGGGAUCGGCACAAUAUUGUCGCUCCCUACCUCGUGGUUCUUGCGAUUAACCAGAGCUGGUGGGCCUGGAGUGCACAAAGGCACUGUCUCCAGAGUAAACCAUUUUCUAAAUAUCUCACUGGGUCAAGAAUGAUGAUGGUAAUACUACUCCUUACCUGUAAUAUUUGUAUCGAAAAUAUUCCGUUCAAAAAGAUCUUCAUACACAUACUAUUCCAAAAACUUUAACUGGGUAGAUCGCUUCUAUCCUGCGUCAUUACUAGAGGCAAGGACGAGACAAGUAACCUUUAUCACUUUACAUCCUGUGUUUCUUGUUAAGAAAUAGCUUAUAGUCGGACCGCUCCUGGUAUCUUCCUCCUCUUCGAAACAAACUCGCUUUCGUCAAUCCCCCUGGUAUAUACGAUCAUAGAACUUGUGUUACCGAUAGACACAUACGGCUACAAUGGAUAAACAGCAAUAUGAAUGUGAAGAUCGGAUACCGCUUCCAGAAUUGGGACAACAUGCACAUUCGCAUCACGUGAAUGACAAUCGAGACUUAGCACGUGUUGGCAAGUUGCCUAGUUUACAGCGGAGAUUUGGAUUCCUGUCAAUCUUGGGAUUCAGUUGUACUGUCCUGGCAACUUGGGAAGGUGUUCUCUCGACAUUUGUCCUUCCAUUGAAGAAUGGGGGAUCCGCAGGUGCGGUUUAUACCUACCUCUUUGUGUGGUUCAGCACGCUGUGCACCCUUGCUACACUAUCCGAGCUUGUGUCUAUGGCACCGACCUCUGGCGGUCAGUAUCAUUGGGUCGCAAUUUUAGCGCCACGAUGGUGUCAUAAGUUCCUUAGCUUUAUUACAGCAUGGCUGGUAAUCUUGGGUUGGCUAGGAGCGUUUGCUUCAGGUGUGUAUAUGGCAAGCUCUCAGAUCAUGGGGUUUGUUACUAUAACACAUACGGCUUUCCAGCCUCAACCCUACCAGGUAAUGCUUCUUUACUGGGCUUACGUUGCUUUUGCGAUGUUUAUCAAUGUUGGCACAGGGAGUCUUCUGCCUAAAUUUGAGGGAUUUGUCCUCAUCUUGCAUAUUGCUGGGUUUUUCGUCAUCCUAAUACCGCUCUCAUAUCUAGGCGACCAUGUAUCCGCCAAUGAAGUAUUUGGGAGCUUCAAUAACGAGGGCGGUUGGCCGAGUCUUGGAUUAUCUCUCUUUGUUGGGAUGCUGGGCAGUAAUUUUGCUUUCACAGGGUGUGACGCUGCUAUUCAUAUGACCGAGGAGACUAGAAAUGCCACGGUGAUUAUACCGCGGUCCAUCAUGAUGAGUAUUAUCUUGAAUGGAUCACUGGGCUUUGGCAUACUCUUGGUUACCCUGUUCAAUCUGCAGAAUGUCGAUCAUGUCCUCAACUCCCCUACAGGAUAUCCAUAUAUCCAGAUAUUUCUAAAUGCGACAGGGUCAAUCCCGGGCAGCAUCGCCAUGGCUUCUAUUGUGCCUAUCUCAGGGGUUGCUACUGCAUCAGGGAAUCUGGCCGCAGCCUCACGGAUGGUAUGGUCCUUCUCUCGAGACCGUGGUACUCCUUGGUGGAUACUACUCAGCAAGGUGAACUCUAGGAGAAUUCCUUUUUAUUCCAUCACAGCUAUUGUCGUCGCUGCGCUCUUAUUAUCUUUAAUAAUCCUGUGGUCUGAAGCUGUUCUUAAUGCUGUGGUGUCAUUGACCGUUAGCUCUCUGUUCUCUUCCUAUCUCAUAGCUGCUGGGCUGCUGCUUUACCACCGCCUUACAGGCAGAAUUCGACAUUGUGGCGACACAGUGCUAGUAGUUAACACAACCGGCGCUCCCCUUUCUUGGGGGCCCUUUCACAUUCCACGGAAAUGGGGUAUCGCAACAAACGCUUUCACGGUUUGUUACCUGACCAUUGCUGUUAUAUUCAGCUUUUGGCCUUCAGAUGUACAUGUCAACGCGUCGUCAAUGAAUUGGGCUAUCGCACCUACUGGAGGGACGAUUCUCUUCGGCAUCCUGUACUACAUUACCCAUGCAAAGGGCACUUUCACCGGGCCUGUGGUGGAAGUUUGUUAAACGUGUGUUUUGAUGGACUGCGCAUUACAUGUACCUUAGUUGACCAUCGUCAUUGCACCUCUUUGUCUUUUGUAUGUCAAGAGCUUCUGCCUCGGUGAGUGAUGGACAUUCAACAUUUUCAUCCCUUUUAUCUUUACCGAGCAUCAAUAUAGUGCAACUAGAAUCUGGUUAUAUUUAUUUCAUGAUUAGUAGAGCUCCA